AUGAAUGCGCUCCUAGCUACCAUAUUUUCGCCUCUCAAGGAGACGGCCAAUUCGCGCAAUGGCCAAGCUCUCGACCGUCUCGAGGUCAUCGCGACGCCGACCAAGAAGCGCCGUCCGGAACGCACCCCGCGCAAGUCUGUGUCGUUUGACAUGACGCCUAUGAAGCAAGUCAAGCACACACCGCCAAGGGCGGGUAACACGCCAGUCGUGCGCGAGAGGAGUACCUUGCCCAAUUCGCGGAAGCGCAAAGCCGCAGACGUAUCAUCUGAAGAUGGCGAGAAUACCGAGGGUGAGCCUGCGGAACCUGAACCUGCGCCUGUGGGUGAAUCUACCGCGCCGACGGAGCCUGCUGCAUCCAUGGACGAACCUGCAGCAGAAACGACCGAGCCUGCGGAGUCACCUACCGAAACUGCAAAUACCGACGCGCCCGAAACCGACACAGACGGCGAGUUUGGCUUCAAGCAGUUCCUCGACCACCGCUGGGACGGCGACUCUAUAGAGAUCCAGGUCGAGUGGGAAAACGGCCAGCGCACGUGGGAGCCCGAGACGCUGCUGCACGACGAUGCGCCGCAGACGCUGCUCGACUACUGGCGGCAGCAGCCGGACGGGCGACCCGACAAUCCGCGACGGCCCGGCUUCUACGAGAUCCACGCGAUUCGCAAGCACAGCCGCGACCGCAAGCGCCUCUUUGUCGAAUGGGUCGGCUACGGCCCCACGGAAAACACCUGGGAGCCACGCGCCACCGUGAAUGAUGCUGCGCCCGAUGUGUUGAGCGAUUACUGGGACAGCUUGCCGCGGCGGAAGCGACGUCGCGCGCGGUGA